GAGACAGCGAGCUUAUGUCAACAAACAAUAAAGUCACUGUAAUCGAUUGCCACGGACAUGUUCUUGGACGUGUUGCGUCCGUUGUUGCUAAACACCUUCUUUUAGGACAAAAAUUUGUUCUUGUUAGAUGUGAAGAUCUCCAAGUAUGUGGAACACUUAAAAUGAGAUUAGUUCAAUGGGAACUUUAUCAAAGAAAAAGAGUUAAUACUAAUCCAACUCGUGGUGCUUUCCAUCAUCGUUCACCAGCUGAUAUGGUUCGUAAAGCUGUUAGAGGAAUGCUUCCAAAGAACAACUAUAGAGGAAAACUCGCUCUUAAGAAUCUUAAAUGUUUCGAAGGAUGCCCAGCUCCAUAUGACAAAAUGAAGAAAUCAUCAAUCCCAGAAGCUGCUGCUAUUUAUUCAUUCAACCCAACAAGAAAGAGAACUCUUCUUGGAGAACUUGGAACUGCUGUUGGAUGGAAAUAUGCUGAUGUUGUUGCUAAGAAUGAAGCAGAAAGAAAAGAAAGAGCAGCUAAAUGGUAUGCUGCAAAACAAUUGAAACAAAAGGCUGUUGCUGAAGCUAAAGAAAAGAUUCUUGCAGAUGAAAAGUAUAAGGCUAAAGUAGCUAUUCUUAAGAAAUUCGGUUAUGCUUAAGUCUAGUGGAUUUUGUUGUUAAAUCCUUUUUAGUGUUAUUUCUUUUGGUUUUAUUUAUUUUACAGAAAAUUAAAAUAUUCAACAUGAAUAAUAUUUAUUUUUCAAUUAGAUUAUUUAAAUUAAUAGAAAUUAUUUAAUAUUCAUU